AUGUCUGGUUAUGGGCCAUCCAGUCCAAUGCUUCCCCCACAACAACCACGGUCCCAAGAGUCGCAAGAUCCUGACUACGUCUACUUUGAACGCACAACUUCUGGCUUUACUUCGGACGCUAUAGCUCGUUCAACCGCCGCGAAACUCAAACUUGCGUCCUACUACAAGGUUGCCGUGGAAGCUGCCAUCGCUCGCAAUGCCAGGCGUAUUGAGCUCGAGACACGCCUCAUACAAAUUCACACUCAAGAUGCAAAGGACCGCGAGAUUCGAAAAUACGCCAAGUUGGAGGCGUCACAUCUACGGUUGCGACGAACCAAAAUCACGCUUGCAGAUUUCCGCACUGUCAAGGUCAUUGGAAAGGGCGCGUUUGGGGAGGUCCGCUUGGUUCAAAAGCUGGAUACCGGCAAGGUCUAUGCGAUGAAGAGUUUGAACAAGUCAGAAAUGCUCAAACGGGAUCAGCUUGCCCAUGUUCGUGCUGAACGCGACGUUCUUGCCGAGAGCACAUCUCCUUGGGUAGUCCAACUCUUUUACUCCUUUCAAGACCCAUUUUAUCUCUUCCUUGUGAUGGAAUUUCUCCCUGGAGGUGACCUUAUGACGAUGUUGAUGAAGUAUGAUGUUUUCUCGGAAGACGUUACGCGGUUCUAUAUGGCGGAGUGCAUCCUCGCUAUUGAAGCAGUGCAUAACCUUGGCUAUAUUCAUCGCGACAUCAAACCUGAUAACGUGCUUAUCGACAAGAGUGGUCAUCUGAAGUUGUCCGAUUUUGGUCUCUCUACGGGGUUGCACAAGGCAUCGGAUGGCGACUAUUACAAACGCUAUCUCGAACAGGAGAAGGCCGCAAAUCCCGCACGCAACAGUGUGCAAGUCAAUCCCAUCAACCUUACCAUGAGUCGAGAACAAAUCGCUACCUGGAAAGCAAAUAGACGGAAAUUGGCUUAUUCCACCGUGGGCACUCCCGACUAUAUAGCACCGGAGGUCUUCUUGAUGAAUGGUUAUGGCAAAGAGUGCGACUGGUGGUCGUUGGGCGCCAUCUUUUUCGAGUGUCUAGUCGGUUAUGCACCAUUCUGUUCCGAGAAUCCAGGCGACACGUACAAGAAGAUUAUUGACUGGCCUUCGUAUCUUGUUAUUCCCCCCCGAAGUGUACAUAUCACCGGACGGAGAGAAUCUUAUCAGAAGCAUGAUGAACUGGGCAGAGCAACGGCUAACGAUUGGAGUUCUCUCCGUCAGAUUGAGCCGCCAUUCGUCCCUCAUCUGCAAUCCAGCACAGACACGUCUUAUUUCCCGACUGACGACUUCGGCAAUGUUGCAGAGCAAAUGCAGCCAACAGAGGGCAUUGGGGCGGAGAAAAACAUCGCAUUCCUCAAGUAA